CUCUCUCUUUUGCUGCUACAACGGAUCCUUUCCACAUCGACGCUACUGUUAACGUCACGCCUGUAAGCCGCGCGCUCACCCAGCACUCGCCUUCCCUGUCUUGCUCCUCUCCCUAGUCGGACGCUGCAUUAGCGAGGGGGUGCUGAUCACCACGAGGAGAGGAGGGGGAGAAAAAAGAACUGGAAAACAAGAAGAAAAAAGAAACAAGCCGGAGAGAGGAAGGAGAAACUGCGCACCACCCCUCCUCCCUCUAACCCACCUCGAUCAACCCAGCUACAACACCCCCACUCCUCCCAGCACCCCCUUCCAUCCCCCACCCCCACUCCCCCUCUGAAGAAAUUGACGGAUUAUUGGGAAGUGCAAGGGAGGCAGGCUGCAGCUGCUGCUGUGUGUGCUCACUACUGCUGCUGUGUGCUUCGCGGGGAUGGUGUGUGUGCGUUUGCAAUCGCUGCUGCUGCUGUCGCCACCGCGGCUGCCGAGGCUGGAGCGUGUGGCUAGUUAAGAAGGGGAAGAAGCUAAUGAAGGCAGUGCAUGUCGCCUAGUCUUUUCAACCCCCGCCGAGCACUCCUGGAAGAAGAAGAGAAAAAAAAAGAAAAAAGAAAGAAAAAUCAAGUGGACACGACGCCACAUUGAGAGGGGGAGCAAGGGGAAGAGAGCGAGAGAGGGCUGUCAGACUGACCAACCGACCAACUGAUUGACCACUAAAAAGUGAACAGAGGAAUACAGAAAGGAGGGGGUCUUUUCUUUUUUUAUCCCCCGGUUUGUCAACCUCCCCUACUAACCAUCGCAAACAAAAGGCAAAAGAACAUUGGAAAGGACUGUGGAAUUUUCAUUCAACCUUCUUCAAUCCCACUCCCACCUACCUCCCCUCUUUUCGUCCUUUCUACCUUGGCUUUUUGUUGCGCAAAAAAAAUUGUGCGUGUGUUUGUGUGGUCGCCUGUGCUAUGGAGACCUGGGUAAGGUGUCUAGCAGGGGGAUCAACUGUCGGAUUCCAAGGACAAGCAAGAGAAGAGGAGCCGACAGCGAGAAGCGAGCAAGGGAGCACUGCUGCUUUGGGAGCCUGACUGGAUUCCUAUCUGCAAUCUUUUUUUUUUUUCUUUUUUGUUUUUUUCUAAUCAACAAGGAAAGGGAGGGAAAAAAACACUCACAAAAGGGCCUUUCGAACCUUUCUCUUUGGAUGUGUGGAUUUACAAAAGGGCUCAUCUUGGUUAAGCUCUUUGGCAUUGAUACCUGUUUUGACAGAGCAAAUAUAAAAAGGCUUUCUUUGCUGCUCUUGGGAUAUACAUACAUCUGAUGUGAAUACCACAGCUCUUUCUGAUUGCAAACAGGAGGGAAACUAUAUAUCUCAGUUCAAGGGACCUGUAAUAAUAACUUGAGAAAAGCCAGCCCUCUCUACCCUCCCUUCUGCUUCUGCCCCUGAACACAGUUCAUGGGAAUAAAAGCAUUGGUUAAUUGAAGAUAGGUCAAGCCCUCUUGCCCCCUUAGCAAACACCCAAAACCCACGUUCUCCCCUUGUCCUCUUCAGUUCCCUUGACUUCUUUGCUCUGGUCCCCUUAAUACUACUACCAGCCAACCAGCUACUUCCCCUGAUCCCCAAAGCCCCCAAACACCACCCCCAAACACCCCCAUCCUCCCCCCCAGAUGAUGCUGAAUUAUGAACGUGCCACAUCAUGAGUCUCCUGGGGCGGGUAGCUGUGCAUCGUGCCAGGAAAGCCGCCCUGCUCUGUGUAGUCUUCCUGAUGGCGCGAGCGUGGAGCAGCGCCUCCCUGGCCUUGGCGGGGGCGGCGGUGUCUCAGGGACCCCAGGGCUGUCCACCGCAGUGUUCCUGCAGUAAUCAGCAGGGGAAGGUGGUGUGCACCCGACGUGGCCUCACCCGCGUGCCCCCUGGCAUUCCUGCCAACACGCGACACCUCAAUCUAAUGGAAAACGCCAUCGAGGCGGUGCAGGCUGACUCCUUCCGCCACCUGCACCACCUUGAGGUGCUCCAGCUUGGGCGCAAUGCCAUACGGCAGAUUGAGGUGGGCGCGUUUAAUGGACUCACCAGCCUCAACACACUGGAGCUGUUUGACAACCGGUUGACAGUGGUGCCCAGUGGGGCCUUUGAGUACCUGUCUAAACUAAGAGAACUGUGGCUGAGGAACAACCCCAUCGAAAGUAUCCCUUCCUACGCCUUCAACCGGGUGCCCUCCCUCAUGCGACUGGACCUGGGAGAGUUACGGAAACUGGAGUACAUCUCAGAAGGAGCUUUUGAGGGCCUACAAAACCUCAAGUACCUCAACCUGGGCAUGUGCAACAUAAGGGGUGAUUUGCCAAACCUGAGUCCCCUCAAGGGCCUGGAGGAGCUGGAGAUCUCUGAAAAUCACUUCCCAGAGAUAAAGCCAGGCUCCUUCAAAGGCAUGCGCUCGCUGAAAAAGCUAUGGGUGAUGAACUCACAAAUCACGGUGAUAGAGCGCAAUGCUUUCGACGACCUAUCUUCAUUGGUGGAGCUUAACCUGGCCCAUAAUAAUCUGAGCGCUGUGCCACAUGAUCUGUUCUCCCCGCUCAGGUACCUGGUGGAACUCCAUCUCCACCAUAACCCUUGGAACUGUGGCUGUGAGGCUGUAUGGUUAGCACGCUGGCUAAGGGAGUACAUCCCUACAAACUCUACUUGUUGUGGGCGCUGUCACUCACCUGCCAGCAUGAGGGGCCGGCAGCUGGUGGAGGUGGACCGAGGUGAGGGCGCUGCAGUCCAGUGUUCUGCACCAUUCAUUGCUGAUGCACCAAGGGACUUGAACAUCUCAGCAGGUCGAGUAGCUGACCUUCGUUGCCGCACAGCCCUAAUGUCUUCAGUGCGCUGGCUCCUACCCAAUGGGACUAUCCUGACACAUGCCUCUAAUCACCCAAGAAUAUCAGUCCUCAAUGACGGUACCCUUAAUUUCUCAAAUGUACUGGCAGUAGACACAGGCACUUAUACCUGCAUGGUGUCCAAUGCAGCUGGGAACUCAAAUGCCUCGGCCUACCUCAAUGUGAGCGCAGCUGAGCUUAAUACAUCCAACCUGAGUUACUUCACCACAGUGACUGUGGAGGUUUUGGGGCCGACCACUGAGAUGCCCAAACCUAAAACAACCACCACCACAGCUGCUGCUGCAGGGGCUGGAGUAGCUGGAGGCGGAGGAGUAGGGCUGGGGACAACAACUACAACUGCCUCUCCUUCAGUCUUUCAGCCAGUCUUCAUCUCCACGCCAACUGUGCUGCUGCAAAGCACCGACAGCCCAUCGGGUGCAGCAAAGACAUCAGUGGCGCCAGGACUCCAAGGUGCCACUGGCAAGCCAGGCAAGUCUGGCCCUAGCUUGGAUGAAGUGAUGAAGACCACUAAGAUCAUCAUAGGCUGCUUUGUAGCGGUGACACUGCUGGCUGCUGUCAUGCUCAUCGCCUUCUACAAACUGAGAAAGCGCCACCAGCAAAGGAGCACAGUGGCAGCUGCACGCACUGUGGAGAUUAUCCAGGUGGAUGAGGAGGACCUUCCUCCACCAGCAUCUGCUGCUCAAGAGACGGCUCUCACGUUGCCUGAAAUCCGGGACCAUAACAGUAUACACAAACUGGACUUUAUCAGCCACAAGACUGACUAUAGCUUUCACAAACCCAAGGCCGAGUACAAACCCCAGCCUGAUUUCACCCUUCACAAGCCGAAGGCUGAGUAUACCACAUACAAGCCAAAUAUGGACUUCAGUAGCCACAAAUUCAUCCCAGAUUACAGUACUCACAAGUCUACACCAGAUUUUAGCCUUCAUAGACCAAAGCCUGACUACAGCCCAUUUAGACAGGACUACAGUACUCACAAACCUAAAGCAGAAUACAGCCCAUUCAAACCAGACUUUGGCACUCACCCAAAAACUAAAUCAGACUACAGCCCGUUCAAACCAGAUUACGGCACUCAUCCUAGGCAGAAAACUGACCUCAGCCCAUUCAAACGAGAUUACAGCACCCAACCAAAAUCUAAACACGACUACAGCCCAUUAAGAUCGGACUACAACACACAGCAUAAACCCAAGGCUGAAUACAGUCCAUUCAAGCCAGACUUUGGCACUCACCCACGACCUAAACCUGAUUACAGCCCGUAUAAGCCUGACUACAGCACUCAGCCUAAACCCAAAACGGACUACAAUGCCCAGAGAUCUAAAACUGACAGUACCUACAAACCCAAGGACCCUUACUCGUCCCAUAAGACUGGAACUGAUUACAGCGCCUUCAAGACUGACUUCAGCCCCCACAAAGCGGAUUACAGCGCCUUCAAGUCUGACUUCAGUCCACACACUCAGAGACCUAAACUUGAUUACAGUCCACACAAAGUGGACUACAGCCCCCACAAAGUGGACUACAGCACUCUAAAGCCCAAAUAUAACACCUACAAACCAACUGGCCAUGGGGCUAAAUGGACAGAGAACAAUGUUGGGAACUCUUUGCCUCGAACCUUGCCCAGCACCAUCACAGCAAUGGCUGAGCCCUUUGUCAUAAAAACUCACACCAAGGAGAAGGUGCAGGAGACUCAGAUUUAAGAAGCCCCCCCUCCAAAAGGCUCCCACUCCUUUCCCUAGGUUCCUAGCUCCCACCCACCCCUGUCCCUCGCCCCCACCUUCAUCAUUUCCUCAUAAAAUCAUGCAAUAGAAUGCACAACGAAAAAAGGACAGGAACUACUUUUUUGUACAGAGUGCAAACUUAAAAAGACUGAUGAUUUCUUGUUGUACAUGCUUAUAAAUAAAUAUAUAUAUGGACAAAUUGAAACUACCAUGGGCUGGUGAUAGAGAAACAUAUAUUAAAAAGAAAUUGAAACUAUUUUCUAACUUGUAACUUCUAUUUAAAACAAUGAGUUGUUUAAGAUGCUGUCUUGACUUUGACAAAUGAGGGUAGUCUUGUUUUAAAAAAGGGGGCAUUCUGUGUGAUUUUUACACCAUGCUACAGAGAAUGCAGUGAUAAGAAAAAAAAAAUAUUUAUACUGAGAAGACUUUCUUUAACAAAAACCGAAAAAAGGUCAGUGUCGAUCUUUACAGGUUUAUCUUGUAAAAGCACCAAGAAUUUGUACUGUGCCAAAUGUUAUAAAUGCAAUAAAAAGGAUUUUUGGAAGAAAAAAAGGAAGUAUUAGAGAGAGAUGUUUUUUUUCCCCUUCAGUUCUUCUCCUGGUGUAUACUGUAACGAUCAGCCAAAUGCUUUAGACACUGCAGUAAGACGCUGCAGCUAUACUU